AUGCGCAGCCUUCCCCUUUCGGUCGCUGCGGCCAUUCUGGCAAUUAGUGGCGCGGGAGCCGUCAAGGUCAACCCACUGCCGGCGCCACAGGAGAUUUCGUGGGGGACGUCAGGGCCACUUGCCGUGGCAGCGCUUACGCUGUCCCUCACACACCCAACAAAGUGCGUCAACGGGUCCGCCGAGAACACGCGCAUCCUCACUGAGGCUUGGAAUCGCGCGUACACGGCCAUCACGACUCUGAAAUGGGUGCCCCAGGCCAUAGAAGAGCCAAUCCCCGUCUUCGACCCCUUCCCGACCGCGGGGAGCGACAGCAACUCGAAGCGCGACGACAACGACAAGGCCAAGCGACAUGGCCACGGCCAUGCCCGGUCACGAAGACAGAGCAGCGGCCUCACAUCGGUGCAGGUGACAGUGGACAACUGGUCCUCGCGGCUGAAGCACGGCGUCAACGAGACCUACAGCCUGAGCAUCUCGUCUGAGUCCUCCUCCAUCGACAUUGAGGCCGCUACGAUAUGGGGCGCCCUGCACGCCUUCACCACCCUGCAGCAGAUCGUCAUCUCGGACGGUGGCAGCGGUCUGAUUGUUGAGCAGCCCGUCACGAUCAAGGAUUACCCCAAGUUCGCCUACCGCGGCGUCAUGGUUGACUCGGGCCGCAAUUUCAUCUCGGUGAAGAAGUUCAAGGAGCAGAUUGACGGCCUCGCGCUGUCCAAGAUGAACAUCCUGCACUGGCACAUCACCGACACGCAGUCGUGGCCCAUUGAGUUGACCACGUUCCCCGAGUUCACCAAGGACGCCUACUCGGCCCGGGAGAUCUACUCGCCCGACGAUGUAGCUGAUAUCAUUUCCUAUGCCAAAGCCCGCGGCGUGCGCGUGAUUCCCGAGGUCGACACCCCAGGGCACUCCGCUUCAGGCUGGAAGCAGGUGGACAAGGACAUUGUCACCUGCGAGAACAGCUGGUGGUCCAACGAUGACUGGCCCUUGCACACCGCCGUGCAGCCCAACCCGGGCCAGCUCGACGUGAUGAACCCCAAGACCUACGAGGUUGUCACCCAGGUCUACGCCGAGCUGUCCCAGCGCUUCGCUGACGACUUCUUCCACGUCGGCGGCGAUGAGUUGCAGACUGGCUGCUUCAACUUCAGCAAGCCGAUCCGGGACUGGUUUGCUGCCAAUGCGUCGCGCACCUACUUCGACCUCGCUCAGUACUGGCUCGACCGUGCCUACCCAAUCUACAUGUCCAAAAACAACACAGCCGGCAAGGACCGCCGCCUCAUCAUGUGGGAGGACAUCUACCUAUCCGCCGAUGCCGCCGCCAUCGACGUGCCGCGCGACAUCAUCCUGCAGUCGUGGAACAACGGCCUGACCAACAUUGCCAAGGCCACCGAAGCCGGCUUCGACGUCAUCGUCUCGUCCUCGGACUUCCUCUACCUCGACUGCGGCUUCGGCGGCUACGUGACCAACGACAACCGCUACAACGUGCAGGCCAACCCAGACCCGACGGCGGCCACCGUGUCCUUCAACUACGGCGGCAACGGCGGCUCGUGGUGCGCGCCCUACAAGACGUGGCAGCGUAUCUACGACUACGACUUCACGCUCAACCUGACCGACGCCCAGGCCGCGCACGUCAUCGGCGCCAGCGCGCCCCUGUGGUCCGAGCAGGUCGACGACACCAUCAUCAGCGGCAAGAUGUGGCCGCGCGCCGCCGCCCUCGCCGAGCUGACCUGGUCCGGCAAUCGCGACCCGGCCACCGGCAAGAAGCGCACCACCACCUUCACCCAGCGCAUCCUCAACUUCCGCGAGUACCUCGUGGCCAGCGGCGUCGAGGCCACGCCGCUCGUGCCCAAAUACUGCCUGCAGCACCCGCAUGCCUGCGACUUGUUUUACGACCAGGACGUGAAUGAGUAA